UGCAUUGAAAGAGGCUCACAAUAAGACAAGAAAUAGAGCUUAUGAUAUCCUUGUCCAAAUUGGGCAUGCUUAUGGUGAUGAAGAGAAAGGCGGGAAGAGAGAAGACCUGUUGAAAUUUUUUCACAUGGUAGCUGGGGGCAUAGCUCGUGAAACUCCUCAUAUGAUCAGUGCUGCAAUGAAGGGCUCAGCUCGGUUGGCUUAUGAGUUUUCUGAUGUUGUUUCAACCGCUAGCAAUUUGCUUCCAUCCACAUCUCUCCUCCUCCAGAGAAAGAACAAAGAAAUAAUUAAAGCUACUUUAGGUUUCUGGAAGGUAUUAGUGGCCAAAUCACAAACCGAGAGGUUGCAAUUGCACUUGGAAAGCAUGGUGGAAAGCUUGCUGAAGUUGCAAGAUGCUACUAAAACCCACUUCAAAGCCAAGGUUAAGUUUCUUCUAGAAAUGCUAGUCAGGAAAUGUGGGCUUGAUGCUGUUAAGGCUGUGAUGCCUGAAAAACAUAUGAAACUGCUUACCAACAUACGGAAG